AGAGAGAGAGAGAGAGAGAGAGAGAGAGAGAGAGAGAGAGAGAGCGAGAGCAAGAGAAGAGGAGUGGCACACUGCCCGUGAAGAGGAGGAUAUAGUGCAGGUAGAGCCGGCGCGGUGUGGUUAUGGCCGGACGGACGCGAUGGCAGCAGCGUCUGCCUACGUUACGAUGCCCUGCAUCAGUAGCAGGAUCACAUCUCCGCAUCCUAGCAACCAUGACAACCAUGGUGAUGGUGGUGGUUGCCAUCACGAUAUCCGGUGUUGUCGGACAGACCAGUGGUGUGCCAGCAGCUACAUCAGCAGCUACUACUACUGCAGCAACAACUACAGCAGCUACUACAGCGUUCUUCCCCACGACAGAGGCAGCGACAUCAAGUAUAGUGCCUGCUGAAGAAGUGGAGGAGGUUGACCACUGUCUGACGCAGCCAUGCAGGAAUGGAGGCGCGUGUCACAUGCUGGAUGGAGGGUAUUACUGCAACUGUCCGACCCGCUACACGGGCCUACACUGCGAGGUCGACUCAGGGGUGGUCUGUGCGAGACGGUGAUCGACAACUUUUGUGAGCUGAAUCCGUGCGAAAACAGCGCCACCUGCCAGGAAAACGAGUUCGGCGAUGGAUACACUUGUUACUGUCCACCAG